GCAUGCACUGCUCUCAGCCACUCACUCACUGUCAGUUCUAUUCAGUAACAAGUAGAAAGCAGUAAAACUCUGCAGGCAGAUCCACUGAGCUCUGUAAUCCCAUUUCCCUUUAUUCUGGUGCCCACAUGCGGCUGCUCCUGCACUGCCAGCUCUCCUGAUCUGCAUCUGCCCACCAGCAAUAUGGCCGCCUCUCUGGGGCAGGGACAACUCUGAGAGGGAAGCCAUUGUUUGAUUGGUCUGAAACCGAACCAGCUCAUUGGCUAAAGGGCGGAGCUGCCUUCCCAGGGGGAGGGGUGAGAGAUCUUUGUGCUUCUCUCUAGUUUCAGACCUGAUAGAGGGAAAGGCUGAACCCUUCCUGUAACUGCCUUAUUCUGUGUCCCUGGGCUGCUGGGGGGGUACAUGAAGGCGGAACCCAAUUUAGACUCUGCUGAACUGCCCAAACCAGAGACUGACUCGGAGUCCGGCACAAGAGAUGGCGAUUGCUUAACAAGCUCUGAUGGAUCAGGUUUUAUCUGCUAUAAGUGUGGGGAAACCUUCACUGUGAAUAGUCAUCUUCUCGCCCACCUCUGUGGGACACAACUGAGAAGCUACUCCGGAGAGAAACUAUACAGCUGUACAGAGUGUGGGAAAAGAUUCUCUUUAUUCCCUAGUUUGGUUACACACAUAAGAAUCCACGCAGGGGAGAAACCAUUCACCUGUAUAGAAUGUGGGAAAACAUUUAAUAGAAAGGACCACCUUCGCAUGCACCAGAAACUUCACAGAGAGCAGAAACAAUUCACCUGUGCAAUAUGUGCCGAAAGAUUUGUUUCGGAAAGAAAACUACAAACUCACCAGGCGAUUCACAUGGAAAAGAACCUGUUCACCUGUACGGAAUGUGGGAAAAGCUUCAGUAAAAAGUCCAGCCUUCGUGUACAUCACAGAAUUCACACAGGGGAGAAACCAUUCACCUGUAGGGAAUGUGGAAAAAGUUUCAGUUCUACCCACUCCCUUCGCAUGCAUGAAAGGAUUCACACUGGGGAGAAACCAUUCACCUGUGCAAAAUGUGGAAGAAGUUUUGUUGAGAAGGGCAGACUCACGAGGCAUGAAAUGACUCACAAAAACAAGCCCUAUGUAUGUAGUGAGUGUGAUAGAAAGUUUCCUGAUAUGGAAAAGCUUCGCUUGCACCAGGCCGUUCAUAUACAAAAUAAAUGUUCCAAUUGUAAAGUAUGUGGAAAAUGUUUUUCACACGAGCGCUUUCUUAAAAAGCACGAGAGAAUUCACACAGCGGAGAAACCAUUCAGCUGCACAGAAUGUUGGAAAACAUUUACAGAAAAGUCAAGACUUCUAAUUCACCAAAGAAUUCACACCGGAGAGAAACCCUUCUUCUGCACAGAAUGUGGGAAAAGUUUUAUCGAAAAGAGAAUCCUUCAAAUCCAUCAAAGAUGUCACACCGGGGAGAAACCAUUCACCUGUACAAAAUGUGGGAAAGGUUUUAAUGAAAAGCGCACUCUUCGCGUACAUGAAAUAAUUCACACGAGGAAGAGACCAUUCAUCUGUAAAGAAUGUGGGAAAAGUUUUUCUGCCAAGUCUACAUUUCACGUACACAAAAGAUUUCAUACUAGAAAGAAACCGUUCACCUGUCCAGAAUGUGGGAAAAGUUUUACUGCAAAGCGCACCCUCCUCAUACAUGAAAGAACUCACACCGGAGAGAAACCAUUUGCCUGUAUAGAAUGUGGGAAAUGUUUUACUGCAAAGACCGGCCUUAAUCGCCACCAAAAGGUUCACACUGGGGAGAAACCAUUUACCUGUAAAAAAUGUGGGAAAUGUUUUACUAGAAAAGAAAAUCUUAAAAUGCACCAGAACAUUCACACUGAAGAGAAACCAUUCACCUGUAGGGGAGAUGGAAAAAAUGUAACUGAAAACAGCAGCCUUUGCAAACAUGAAAGAAUUCACACUGAAGAGAAACCAUUCACCUGUAGGGGAGAUGGAAAAAAUGUAACUGAAAACAGCAGCCUUUGCAAACAUGAAAGAAUUCACACUGGAGAGAAACCAUUCACGUGUUCAGAAUGUGGGAAGCGUUAUACAGAAAAGUUCCAGCUUCGCAGACAUGAAAGAACUCACACUGGGGAGAAACCGUUCAAAUGUUCAAAAUGUGGAAAAAGUUUUACAGAAAAGUUCCAGCUUCGCAGACAUGAAAGAACUCACACUGGGGAGAAACCAUACACCUGUACAGAAUGUGGGAAAAGUUUCACUACAAAAAGUAUCCUUAAACGCCACCAUAGCGCUCACAAUGGAGAGAAACCAUUCACCUGUACGGAAUGUGGGAAAGGCUUUGUUUCACUAUAUAACCUUGAUGUGCACAAAGCAACUCACACUGGGAGAAACCAUUCACCUGUACAGAAUGAUGAAAAAGGUUCCUUUUAAAACCACCCUUUACAAACUCCCAGUAGAUGUUUGGGAGAAACCUGGGGGUGUGGGAUAUUAAAAGCACUAGAACAUCACUGGGCUGUAUAAUACUAAUAAAGUACAUUUUUGGUUAUAAAGUGGCUCCAGUUUAUAAUGGGCAAUUGUGGCCCCCAACUCUGCACAGUCAGGAGAAAUAUUUAGCCCAUAGAUACAGGGAGGCAGCUGCUGCCAGAGCCGUGUUUCUCAGGCUUAUAGCCUAUUCUGGUGCUGCCCAAUUGUUUCAGGUUAGUGAGCUGAUCAUAUAAUAUAUCUCAGUGCCAAACAGUCACACCAAGGGGAUUGUGUACUUGGUAAGCGGGACGGGGGUUAUAAUCCCUUGGGGUGUCGCACACUGAAAUAAAGUGUGUGACACCACAGUGAUAAGACGCUCAGAGGGCGGAGUCACUGUGCAAUUGCUGAUACACAGCAGGGGCUUCUGGGUACAGGCAGAGAAGCACAAAUAUUAUGCUGGGAUUCACACAGUUACUACUGGGGCAAAAUGGGAAUUACUGGGGGCAAAUGAGCCAGAGAUGUGACCCAAAUGGCAGCGGUUCCUGAUAAGUGAGCUUUAAUACAGCCUCCUCCCCCUCCCAUCUCUCCUCCUUCCCUCUCAGUUGUGUAAUCUGAGCUUAGAGCUGCAGGAGAUGCAGGCAGGGACCAAGCUAAAGUUUUAGCUGCAACUUUAAACAAACAGAGGGAGCUUCUAUGGCUGUUUACUCAGGUAUGGUAAAGCUCUCUGCAGAAUAAAUAUAGUGUUCUAGCUUGCACUAAUCUAUUGGCAGUAAAAUGCUUUUCCUUCUCCUUUAAUAAACAUAAAACUCUACCAUUAACCUUAAGAUCAAGAAAGAAUGAAUGAAAUAAAGGACCAUGGAAACUA